AUGAAGAGAGCGCGGUUCGAGGAUCCCGCCGGGGCGGCCCACAAGUCCAAGAUCUCCAGAAAAGUCACAGCGUGUCAACAGUGCCAGACGCGCAAGGUCAAGUGUGAUCUGGAGCCUGGCCGACCGCGAUGUGCACGCUGCGAGCGUCAAGGGCUCGAAUGUGUGGUCAACAGGAGUCUCCAGACACUGCUGGAUGCCGAGAACGAAUGGAAGCUAGGCGUUGAGCAGCAGAUUUCAUCGCUGCAAAAUACAGUAACGGAGCUACAGAGGACGUUGGCAAACAUGCAGGCUCAUCAACAUGGUCCUCACUCCACGCAUGUUAUUACUCCCGUGCUGCCUCAACAUAUUAUCAGUCCUUCUACAGCACCCUCCCCAAGGAGAGUGCCUGCUGUCACGGCCAUGACGCGCGAGAACUCGCCCGAGACAGCGGUGGUAGAGACUGGCGUCGGUGGUCCGAUCGGGGAGAGCACGGACAGGGGCAUCACGGACGCUCCCAUGGCCAGUCUGUUCGAGGUGACCAAGUUGCGCAACAUCAGGAGCGACCCAGGCUCUCACAAAGCGAUCGCGGGUCAACCACGGGAACCGGACUUUAUCGACGAAGGGCGUGUGCCCCUGGAGCAGGCCGAGAGCCUAUUCAACGCCUUCAAGGGAACAUUGAAUGCCUAUCUUUGGGGUGGCAUCGCCCUCACGCACGAUAGCCUCUCCUCUGCACGAGAAUCUUCACCGCUGCUAGCUGCUGCUAUCCUCGCUGUUACGGCUCUUCAUGCACAGGACAAUGGGAGCAGCUUUGACCUUUGCUAUCCAAUAUUCCUUGAGCUGGUCAGUCAAUCCAUGUUCAAGCGCUACCACAUUCUCGACGACGUCCGCGGCCUCUGCAUUGGCGCCUUCUGGCUGUCCGACGUUAGCUGGAAGCUAUCUGGCCUGGCCGUCCGCAUUGCCACCGAGCUGAAUCUGCACCACUUCAGCGCGUGUGCUCUCGACAAGGAGAAGCCUCAGCACAUCGACAAGGCUCGGCUAUGGUAUUUGCUGUAUGUAUGCGACCACCACUUCAGCAUUGCCUAUGGACGACCACCCGUGAUCCCAGAGGAUGUCACCAUUGUGCGGCACGAGAGUUUCCUAGACCUUCCUGGCGCGCAGCAGGCGGACUAUCGCCUUCAUAGCCAGGUCGCCGUCUUUCGCAUCCUCAGCCGCGUCUACCACACGUUUGGGCUGGAUCGAUCCAGACUUGUGGCCAACGACGAAUUCGAGAGCAUCCGCCGGUAUGAUGCCGACCUGCUGCUCUGGAAGAAGACAUGGGAGACCCGUCUCAUGCCCGAUCCCAACAUAUCGUAUUAUCCGGUCAAGGGGGUCACCCUGCACUACAACUUUGCAAAGUUGCUCCUCUUCGCGGUCUGCCUCCGCGGGCUCAGCCCUUCACAGCAGUACCUCAUCUCGCAGGAGCGCCGCAUCUUUAUCGACAGAGCCAUUGAGAGCGCCUCGGCUGUCUUGCGCCUCAUCCUCGACGAUUCGGACAUGCGCAGGGCCAUCAUUGGUGUGCCGUUGUAUUUGCUGACGACCAUUGCCUACGCAGCCAUCUUCCUCAUGAAGGUACAGUCCGAAUGGAGAGCCGCAGGUUUCAAAAUUGCCUAUAACGAAGUAGUGUCUUUGCUGGAGGCUGCCGUGGCCGUGCUGAAUGAUUGCCAUGCGUGCGCGCGACAUGUCGCUCACUACCUUGGCAAGGGACUGGGCGCCAUGCUCGUCAAGUUCAAGGAGCGCGAGGCAGCAUACCAAGCGCAGCAGCAGCCGCAGCAGCCGUGGCUGGAUAGUGCGCACUUGGGGUGGAAUGAGUGGAUGCAGGACGCCGCAGACGUUGCAGAAUUCUACCCUUCAUGGCUCGACGUGCUCGGAUCACAGAUGCCAGGGUGA